ACAAUAUUUUGACAGUUCAACCUGACACGGUUCGUAUUUAAAAAUUUCUAUUUUUAAUGAGUGUACGGGAGCUCCUCAAAAUAGCUCAUGAAAAUGUUGUUUACUGCGCCGACAAUACUUGGAGUAAUGGACUUAGUUGUUAUCAAGAAGCCAGCAUGAAUCUUCUGUUAAGAGAAACAGCUCUAACAGAACCAAAUUAUGUAGGAUUAAGGCCUAGGACAGUAAAAGAAUGUAUUCCUAACAGUAAAUUAGCCAAGUAUUCAGACUACGAAUACCAUGAUUCUAGAGAAUUGUCAUAUAGAUUAGAUGAUUUUAAGAAAACAAGUUAUGAAUAUGAUUUUAGCAGUGAAGUGUCAAAGGAGCCAUGGAUGUUAAAAGAAGUAGAUGAGUAUUUUAAGUAUUACACUGAUUUUUACAAAACUCCAGAUCCAAAAGAUAGUGAAAUCCAAAAGACGAAUAGGCUUAAAUAUUUAACUACUUUUGAAUUACCCUUUAUGAAAUGUAAUUCUUUAGCAGAAUAUUUUCUUAAACUUCAAAUAACUAAAGAUAGUACAAAAAAAUUGUGGGAUGUUGAAUCUUUGAAUUCGAAAAUGAUUAUGUUUAGGAGUCUCCGGUCGUUUUGUGAUCAAAGAUCUGUCUUGGUUUAUAAAUCACCAGCAGGUCGAUUUUACGUUUCUGAAUGUGACGAUAUCGAUAGUGAAUUAAAAGAAGAUUAUUAUGGAUGGCUAAAACAUGACGUUAAUGGAGAAAGUAAUAUACAUUUAAAUUCCCUUAAAGAAGAAGUUGGAGGUGAUACAGUCUUUGAAGCCGAUGUGGACUCAAUGCAAAAUAGAAGAUUGUAUUCAGCUGUUUUGCAAGGAUUUUCUUCAAAUAAAAUUCCUUCAACUCAACAAAAUCCGUUACCACUAUUAGGAAGAAGUUUCUCUGAUUCUAGUGAAAAUACAAUGGAAAAAUUAGGAAGUACUAUUAACUUUUGCAAAAGAAAAGUACAUUCUGAAGAUACAUUUAAAAACAAUAAUAUUUCUAAAUUUUUCCCUAGUUGUAGUGCACUAGCUGGGUCAUCUACUAGCAUAGAUGGUGUUUCCAGUUUUCAAAACGAAAAUGUUUCCCAAGUGAAUGCUGUACCACAACAUACAUUUUGUACAUUUUCCCAACCAAUUCGUUAUCGGCCGAACUAUAAUCCUAACAGUUACCAGUUUCCCCCUUUUUAUAUGUUUGUCCACAAUACUUUACAACAAACUUAUGUGCAACCCGUUUACAACCCUAUAUAUCUUCAUAGAUCAGUUCCUGUAAGUAUGGAUAGAAAUAUCCUUAAUUCGAAUUGUUCGCAUGCUCAGUCUCAGUAUUUUUCUUGUAAGUAUACAACAAGUAUUCAAAAAACAAAAAGUGGGAUAUACAAAUCCAGAUCGAAGAGAAAGUACUAUUUACGAAAAAAUAAAAUAGCUUUGUUAAAAUGCAGUUUUACUAGAGAAGACAAAAGACUGAACAAAAUAUAUUCUAUGCCAACGGCGACCGAUUCGGAUUGUUCACUUGGUGAAGUGUACAAAGACACAGACGAAUUGGUAUCAAAAAUAAUAAAUUUAGUUUUAGACGACUCUCUUCCAGACUGUAGUGUGCCCGUAUCUAAAAGUCAAUCUGAUGAACUAGAAAGACAAGCUCUGGAGCAGUAUAACAACUCCGAUGAGAAUGUUUUUCAAGAUCUAGAGAGACAAGCGGCUGAAGAAUAUGAAGACAAUUCGGAAAACUACAGCAGCCCCCCGAAUUGUAGAUUUUUAUUCGGGGGGUUAUAUAAAAAACUUAAUUAUUACGUAUUUUAAGGAAUAUUCUUUAAGUUAUCAACAAUAUAGCUAAUGAAAAGAUUCUUUGUAGACAUAAUCAAGAUAUAAACCAAUGAAAGUUGCUCAGAUGUUCUAACCAUUAUGUUAAAACAAAAUUGGC